AGUGAUUGCUUUUGGGUCACGGCGCAGGCGCAGACCGCGGGUAGUGCCGGGGACGACUGAAGCGCGCGGUUCACUCUUGUGCGGUCCCGAGCCAUCAGUGCGGUGAAGGCAUCAUGUCAGACAACGAAGACAAUUUUGAUGGCGAUGACUUUGACGAUGUGGAGGAGGACGAAGGACUAGAUGACUUGGAAAAUGCCGAGGAGGAAGGUCAGGAGAAUGUUGAGAUUCUCCCCUCUGGUGAGCGACCGCAGGCCAACCAGAAGCGCAUCACCACCCCGUACAUGACCAAGUACGAGCGAGCCCGUGUGCUGGGCACCCGGGCACUCCAGAUCGCGAUGUGUGCCCCUGUGAUGGUGGAGCUGGAGGGAGAGACAGACCCAUUGCUCAUUGCCAUGAAGGAGCUCAAAGCCAGGGCACCAGCCCUCAUGUCCUGUGACUUCCCCACCACAGGGCCCGGAAGAUCCCAAUCAUCAUUCGCCGUUACCUGCCGGAUGGGAGCUAUGAAGACUGGGGUGUGGACGAGCUCAUCAUCACCGACUGAGCAGCGCUGUUGGACUGUGCCGGGCGCCAUUUCUAUGCCCAUUUUAUACAUGUAAAUAAUAAACUUUGCCCUUCCUACCCCUCUGCGCCUGCUGUCUGCAGUGCUGCCACCUGCUGCAGAGAGCGGGCCCACAUCGAGGUGGCCCUGUGACUGUUAGCUCUUUCUGAAGCACCAGGGACUUGACCCCGUGGGUCCUCCCAUCCCUCCCUCUAUCUCCCCAUGCACCAGAGUGAAAGCUGCUGCAGGGGGACACCUCAGCUGCCUUCUCAGCAGACAGAUGAGUCUUUGUGCCCAGGGAGCUGGUUGCCAUGGAAACCCCCAAUUUCCUUUCCAGUGGGGACUGGCUGCAGGGGCUUCUCCCUUCUCAGGAGUAUCACAGAGCAGGUCUCAUCAAGCCAGCCAUUGUUCCUAGGGACCUGCCUGGAGCUCUUAUCAAGGACUCAGAUCCCCUUUCAGGAGUGGUGCCCUAGCAGGAAGUGUGGGGGUGCAGUGAUUCCCCCACUGUCCCCAGGCAGAGCCCUGUUGGGCAAGUCAGCAACUGGAACAACAACCAAGCACCUGUCCAGCUCUGUCCCGGGCCAGUUCACAUAGUGCCCUCCAUGGCCAUCUCUUUGCUCUGCCACCUUGUGCCUCUGCUUCUCAGACUUGAGCUAGGAUGAUGUGCUUGCUCUUGGGUUCAGCCUGAGCUCAUUCGCAAGGGUCCCUCUUCUGUGCGUCCCACUUCCCACCCCUUCACAUCCUGUGGCAGAGAUGUGUGUGGAGCUAGGGAUCAGGACGGUGGAGGCAGGAGGCUUGCUGAGUGAGUUCAAGGUCAGCCUGGGCUAGGUGAGACUUGUCUAAGAAUUUGUUUUAGAAAAGAAGGCAUGGACUCUGGCAUAAUUAAAAGGAAGACCUCUGGUCCACUGCAACUCCAAGGAGUCAUGGCAUGCCACAUGGGACUGGGCACCCUGGUCAGGGUGGGAAGGAUGCGUGGCACAGGAGUAGGAGGGUGCUUGCUGCUUUGGAUGGUGGUUAAUUCUGGGAGUCACAGACUUCGCACCCUACCACCCUCCUCCAAGCCUCUGGAAUCCUUUAAUCAAGCUGGGUGCUGAAAUUUCAGCCCUGAAAUGCCGCCUUUGUGCCGGCAUCCAGGCAGCCACCCCAGAGUGCGGGGUCACUCUCUUGGCCCAUUUCUCUAAAUGGUGCCUUUGUUCCCUGCUGGGCUGCUCAGUAUCAGAUGUGAUUAAAGGGAGAUGGAGCUUGGGUAGGAGGGGGCGUUAACCCUUAGGGGAUAGGGUGUAAGGAGACAGAAGAGGGUGCUUUCCCUCUCAUCUUCCCCUUUAAUUCUGCUCUUGGGAAGCACCUCAUUCAACUGGCUGGGCCUGUCACUUGCCUGCAUUGUCAAAUCUGUCUCCUUAGGUUUAAGGUCAUCUCCCCAGCCAUUUAAAGAAACACCUGGCUCUGGAGCCUCUGCUGUGCCCGAGCGCAUCCAAACUCUUCCAAGGGAUGUGGACAGCCCACUAACGCUGGCUUCCACUUGCCUUCCCCCAUGGCCAUUUCCCUGCUACCUGCACCAGUGGUGAUUGGAUGAUCAACCUCAUGAGCUAACAGCCGCCCCCCAUGGGCCCCUCCAUCUUGCCAGCUUGUCUACAGUUCCCCAUCAGAGCAGAUGCAGUAUGUAGACCGGAAGUGGACAAAUGUCCUGCUUUUCAGUAGAGGGGCAAGUGAAGUUUGUCUAUGGUUCCUGGUCUGGUAGAUGUAGGGAAUGCCCCAAUCACUAGCCCUUGUUUUCCCCAGGGAAUCGGCAGUCUCCUGUCACCUGCGAUGGGUGAAGAAGGUAGUCUAUGAGGAAGAGCACUGAUGAGGAGGGGCACUCGGGCACAUGCAGGCCCCCAGCCUAGUGCCUUCAGUGAAGAUAAUCAAGUAUGUAGAUGCAUAUGCCCAGACUUAGCUCAGGGGAAGCUAGGCCCCAAGAUUUAAUAAAGGUGGAGCAACGGGUCAUGUCGUCCAACAGGUAAAGAUCUAAUAAAGCCCAAUAAAAAAAUACAGCUUC